CACGAACUGCGCUCAUUCGCUCUCCUCCUUCAACAGCCCGGAUGUAGCGCACACAGGACGGACCGCACAGUCCUCCUCUCACCGAUAAUAACAUGGCGCUGGCAGACACAUAACGGUGCCCACCACAAUAAUAAUAAUAAUACCCACAACUACAGACCAAAACAAAGCCGCGGGACAUGUGAGCUCUUCGACCCCGGGACAAGCAGGUUUGCCAGGGUUUUCCAGCAUGUUUGGGAAGAAGAAGAAACGGCUGGAGAUCUCAGCUCCGUCUAACUUUGAGCACCGGGUCCACACGGGCUUCGACCCGCGGGAGCAGAAGUUCACCGGGCUGCCGCAGCAAUGGCAGAGCCUCCUGGCGGACACUGCGAACCGGCCCAAGCCCAUGGUGGACCCCUCCUACAUCACCCCCAUCCAGCUGGCACCAAUGAAGAUAUCUCCCAAGAAAGUCCGGUCAUCCGAAACGCCGUUGCCCAAAACUAUUGUUCGAGGGAACCGGCCACCCAAAGAUGCAUCCAUCAACGGCCUUCUGGAGGAGUUCGACAACAUCUCAGUUACGCGCUCCAACUCCCUGCGUAAGGAGAGUCCUCCAGGCCCGCACCAGGCUGGAAGCAGCUCCAAACCCUCCAGCAGUGGUCAUCCCAACGCCCCAGAGGAGAAUGGAUUCAAUCAUUACUACUCCCGUUACUCCUGUGACCUAGACACCUCCAGCAGGGACUUCUCUCUUGAUCCCAUCAGGCCAGGCCUCUCCAUAGAUGGGGACUGGGCGGUUGGGAGACACUAUCGAUUCACCAAGCAGAAUGGUCACUCACACCCCAUACGCAGCCAUUUCUACCCAGACGCCAUGCCCCAAAAAUCAGACUAUGGCAAACUUCCCCCGGACUACCACGCCUACCUGGAGAGCAAAGGGCGCUCAGGAGACGAGGCGGCCUCCACGGUGGGGAGUGGGGUGGGCUCCAGCGGCUACUAUCGCGCGUCUGUGGGUGGCUCGUCCAGCCAGGACUACAGGGACACUUCAGUAGGCACGCCAUCCCGGGCCUCGCUGCACAGCGAGCAGAUCAACUACCCAGACAGCGAGUGGAGCUAUGGUGGCCUGCGGGACGAAUACGACAAGCGACCCAAGAGCUCCUAUGUGACACAGACCAGCCCCACACCAGCUAUCAGGCAGAGAUCUCGGUCAGGGUCUGGGUUGCAGGAGCCAAAUGUCCCCUAUGCAGCCAGCGGAGCUUUCAAGAACCCUCCACAGGCCCACCCAUACAGCUCCUACACCUACCCUCGCCUCUCGGAGAGUCUCGCCAACUCACAGACCUUAACCAAGGGCGACUAUGAGCGUCCGUUGCGUGACGGCAGCCCGCAGGUUUUGAGUGGUGACACUUACCCCCGAGGGCCUUUCAAGCAGCCGCAGAGCCACAGCAAGCCGCCUGGUUACCCCCCAGCACACCUGCCCUACCCUCCAGUCUUUCACCAUUACAAACCUUCACCCUACCACCACCCCCCCUCCCAGCCCAGCCCACCGUACACCCCUCAGGGGGCCUAUUCACAGCCUUCGUCACCUUACAUCCCCCCGGGGGCCUACCCGCCUCCAUCCUGGGGGUCCAGCUCCGACACUCAACCCUCCAGAGUCUCUCACGAGCAGUUCAGGGCUGCACUCCAGCUGGUGGUCAACCCAGGCGACCCUCGGGAAUACCUGGACAGUUUUAUCAAAAUCGGAGAGGGCUCCACAGGCAUCGUGUGCAUCGCCAGCGAGAAGCACAGCGGCAAGCAGGUGGCCGUGAAGAAGAUGGACCUCAGGAAACAGCAGAGGAGAGAGCUGCUCUUUAAUGAGGUGGUGAUCAUGAGGGACUACCAUCACGAGAACGUGGUCGACAUGUACAACAGCUACCUGGUGGGCGACGAGCUGUGGGUCGUCAUGGAGUUCCUCGAGGGCGGGGCGCUCACUGACAUCGUGACUCACACCAGGAUGAACGAGGAGCAGAUCGCCACGGUGUGUUUGUCGGUGCUGAGGGCUCUGUCCUAUCUGCACACACAGGGCGUCAUCCACCGCGACAUCAAGAGCGACUCCAUCCUGCUGACCAGUGACGGCAGGAUCAAGCUAUCAGACUUCGGCUUUUGUGCCCAAGUUUCCAAAGAGGUGCCCAAGAGGAAGUCCCUCGUGGGCACCCCCUACUGGAUGGCACCAGAGGUCAUCUCUAGACUACCUUACGGGACUGAGGUGGAUAUCUGGUCUUUAGGCAUCAUGGUGAUCGAGAUGGUGGACGGAGAGCCCCCUUACUUCAACGAACCCCCUCUGCAGGCCAUGAGGAGGAUACGGGACAACCUGCCCCCGCGGCUAAAAGAGUCGCACAAGGUGUCCUCGGUGCUGCGGUCCUUCCUGGACCUGAUGCUGGUGAGGGAGCCGUCGCAGCGAGCCACGGCCCAGGAGCUCCUCCAGCACCCCUUCCUCAAGCUGUCUGGACCCCCUUCCUGCAUCGUCCCCCUCAUGAGACACUAUCGCCACCGCUGACCCCUGCUGGCCCAAAGACCUGCCCUCCUCCACACUUAAAAAAAAACAAAAAAAAAACACACACAUAACACACACCACCAGGGUGGCACUGCCCUCACCCAGCCAAAACACCCCACCGCUCGGUGGCGUGCCACUGACACUCACACCUGUAACCGUGAAGUAGAUUAGCUAGAGGAAAUAUCUAAGAAAUACAUUUUUGAAAAAAAAAAAAAAAACUAAAACACACACACGACAGAGAAAAAGAAGAAAAAAAUAAUAAUAAUCGUCGACCAUUUUGAAACCUUGACCUGGAGUUUGAAGCGUGUUACUACUGUGCCAGAGGAACUCACUAGUCGUCCGGUAGACAAAACGUGUGGGAUGUGCUGGGUCUUCUCUCUUCCAAGACUGUGAGUCUUCAGCUCCGUGUAGAGUCGUAGCAGCCGUCAGCGAGAGCCUCAGAGGGGGGCGCUGCGAGCUGCUGACGGGGGCUGGAGGGAACCCCCGGGGGGCCCGACGCUGUGCUCCAGACCAGAGCAGCAGAGGGCAGAGCAAUCAGCUGCAGGCGGAGAGGGCUCUCUGACUGGUUAUGACUGUUGAAUGGCUGCUGCGGCAGUCGGUCAGUCCACCUUAAGGACGUUUUUUUUUGGGGGGGGGGGUGCGCUGCUCGGCUGGUCGAACAGAGGCGAGCUCUCUCUCUUCUUGUAAUCUCUCUUCUCACACACUAACAGUGAAAAUGUAUUUUAGAGAAACUUGUAAGUUUUUCUGUACAGUUUUGAUAAUUUGCAGUAUUUUAUCGUGUCGUAACCAUUGUGAUAUGAGCAGUAUUAAAUAGAGUUUCUGCAGAGAUCUUUCCUACUGUUUAUAAUCCAGUUUUUGCUUAAAGGUAUAAGAGAUAUCCCAAAUAAAAAAAAAAAAACCCACCUUAACCUAACUGUUACUAAAAAAUACUAAAUAUAUUUAUUAUCUUACAUUUGUAGACAGAACUUCCAUUAAAUGUUGGAGAAAAAAAAAGGGUAAUGUCAGAAUUUUGUAUGACGUUUUAAAGUAUUUAUUUAUUUAUUGCAAUUGAAGGUUUAUUUUUUUGGUAGUGUGGCCUUUUUUUUCUCUUUUCUUUUGGUUCAUUUUGUUUGUUUAUUUCGUUGAGUCUUGAUUUACAUUUCUAAAAAGCGCGUCAGCAGACACUGAUAUCAGCUGUUUUAUCAUCCGAGCAAUACCCCGAACCUAUUUAUGAAACCAUGACGCCGUGUAUUUAUGAGACUGUAAUUUACAACAUGCAUUUAAAUGUAGCACAGAUUUGACGGCAAAAAAAGAGACGAUUUCUUUCAACACAGACCUGUUCUUUUUUUUUUUUCCUUCCAUUUUUUUUUUUUUAUAUAUAUAUUAGGAACUUCAUCCUGUUUUUUCUCUAAACGCUAAGAGGCGCCCAUCCAAGACGCCUCAGCUGCCGCACAGAUUUUAGGAUGCUGAUAAAAAAAAAAAAAGAAAAAGGUCUGGUUUUCUACUCACAUCCUCACUGUCAUCAUCUCACUCCUUAUCCCGCCUCAAGUCAGAAAACACCCACCCACACACACACACACACACACACACACACACACACACACACACACUAUCGCUAUCACUGGAAACUGUGCUGCCAUUCUCAUCUCUGGUCGGACCGGGAAGAAACAGUGUAAUCCUCCUCCCCGCAUCGUUUUUACCCAUCAUUCACUGUGAUAUGUAAAUAUGACUGUGCGUACGUGAGCGUGUGUGUGUGUUUGUGUGUGUGUGUAAAAGAGUGUUUAUCUCUGUACAACAUCUGAAAGCGUGCGUGCCUGCCUGCGUGUGUGUGUGUGUGUGUGUGUGCUGCUGGCUAAUCCUCGGCGAUGUGUCAGGACUUGAAUGAGUAACACUUAUCUGUGGUGUUGGCUUGUACAGUGAUAUUGCAUGUUUGUUAUCAGUGAAGCUGGUUUCAAUUAAAAAACGCCCAUAAAAACAUUGA